CCGUCACCCCUGAACAUCUCGUCAACCAUUGGCUCUCGGACGUCACGUGAUUCGAUGUAAAAAUGGCGUCUCCGAAUGGAGCUGAAGACUUUGAGUCGUCAUUGCUGAGUUUUGAAAAGCUUGAUCGAGCUUCACCUGACCUCUGGCCAGAGAAAUUGCCAGGGGUUUCAGAAUUUGCUGCCUCAUUUAAAAACCCAAUAACGGAUUCUCCACCUAAGUGGAUGGCAGAAUUGGAGUCAGAAGACAUAGAAAUGUUAAAAGAGCUGGGAAGUCUGACCACAGCUAACCUGAUGGAAAAAGUUAAAGGGCUGCAGAAUUUGGCAUAUCAGUUGGGCUUGGAAGAAUCCAGAGAAAUGACGAGAGGGAAAUUCCUUAACAUCCUGGAGAGGCCGAAAAAAUGAAGACAGAGAGGUCCUGAUUGUGUUUGGACCUAUAAUCAAGAGACUUUGUAGCAAAAUAACAGUGCCAAGUUCUGUGACCUGUAAAAGCUUAGCUGGAUAAAUUUAUUUAUAUACAGAGUUACCAGUUUAUUAGGAAAAAAUGCUGGUGUCGACCAUAAUAUCAGGCAAUCCUACCAUUUUAGGUACCAUUUAACUGCCACCUGCCCAUUCGACUGGGAAAAACCACAAUAGGACCACCGCUGGCUAGGUUCCAUUCAACAUGGGAAACAUUUUCAGCACAGCACUGACACUGAGCUUGUAGUAGGGUUGUGUGUGUGUGUGUGUGUGUGUGUGUGUGUGUGUGUGUGUGUGUGUGUGUGUGUGUGUGUGUGUGUGCUGGUGUGUAAAAGGUCUAGCAGUAAUUCUGGGGUUUUUCAAUAUCACUGCUGGAAUAAGACAAAAAAAAGAUAAACAAAACAAUUCUAUAACUGUAUGCUUACAACCAGCUAGUGGCCUGUAAAAACAAAGUGUUUAAAUACACAAUCAGUACAGGUACUGCCUGGCACUCGUACCAACACAACACAUGCUGACAUGUGUCUGCCCAUGUUCUAUCUGGUCUUACAGAGGUUCUUUACUAUUGGUGGAUGAGGUUUAGCAACAGAUAAGAUAUAAUUAUUUACCCAGGUAGUGACCUUAUGGUAGGUGUACCUGAUAAAAUGGCUGAGUAACAGGCAUGGUGAACUGAUGCAAGUUCCUGUACAUGUAUUAUGUGUAAUAUAUUUUUUGAUUGUUGUUUUUUUUCUUUAAUUAAAUGUCUUGUUUGUU